AUGGCUGAAAUAGUUUUUAAUGAUAUGAAUAAUCGAGAUGUAACAGCAUAUGGUGCAUUAAUGAAAUGUUAUAAUAUGAAUGAAUUACCACAUCGAUCAAUUGAAAUAUACAAAAACACGAAACAGCAAUUCAUUGUUACUCAUAUACUAGUUCUUAAUGCAUGUGCUCAACUCGGUUUUAAGGUAUUAUUUGAAAACAUUCAUGAACAAAUACCGAAGCAAUAUGUUCAUCAUGACUUAAUGUUACAAAAUUCUUUGAUCGAUGCGUAUUCUAAAUGUGGUGAUGUUAAAACAGCCGAAAAUAUUUUUAGCUCAAUAUCCAAACGUGAUAUAAUUACGUAUUCUGCAAUGAUAAAUGAAUAUGGUAUAAAUGAUUAUGGUCUCGAAGCUGUCACUUUAUUUUACAAAAUAAAAUGA